AUGGCGGUGGCGAUUGUUCAGACAAUUACUGGACAGAUAAGAUGUAGAAGGAAGGCCAACAAAAACAUUUUCUUUAUUGAUGUUCAACCACUGCCUGCCGGAGAAAAAUCACAGAUAUUCUUUCGAACAGACGAUCAAACUUUAGAUUACCUCCAGUUUCAGGAAGAGUACCAUAAUUGCAAACCAGGAUCGAUUGUCGAGGUUCAAGUAGGGUACCCCUUGAAUCCAAAAGAAGCUGAAGAUAGACCUUACGCAGUGUGGCAAACCGACAGACCUAUUAAAAUAAUAACACCUUACACUGAGCGUGAAGGCUUCAGACAAGACCCACCCUUGGGGAGUCUUUUAAAAAAAAUGAAGGAGGAUGCUACUGAACUCACGGGCGCAAACAAUUCUACAGCGAACGGUCCGUCCAUUCAUAAAAGUAAUGUAGCGUGCAAAUAUUGGAUCAAUAAAAACAUAUGUCAUAAAGGAAAGGAUUGUAAGUUUCAGCAUCCUGUGGGUGAAGAUUUUGUAAAAGCCAGAAAAGAAUGGUUAGAAGAGCGAGAAAGAGCACGCAAACAGGCUACAUUUGAUCCUGAAGACCCUCAUACAUCCAAGAAACCUCACGGUAUGCGCGCUUUGAUAUUCGUGGAUUGGCUACUGAAGAAUUUCCAACUGACGGACAAGGAUCACGUUUUGGAUGUGGCUGGAGGAAAAGGUGAGAUAUCGAUGUUCUUGAGUCGAGGGUUUGGUAUACCCGCAACGGUGGUUGAUCCGAAAGUACGAAAGACACCUCCUUACUGGCUCACACGACUGCGUAGACAUAUGUAUCGAUUUGAAAGCGGCAAUGACCUUGAGCAGCCCGACUGGAAAAGCAGAGAGAUUCACUUCGACGCUCAGAAAUGGCCAUACACUAUUCAGCCCACUUAUUUACAUACUCUCCUGGAUGACCCAUUUGUGGAAAAUCACAAAGAACUCAUGUCGGAAACAACCCUUUUGGUUGGUUUGCAUGCGGAUCAAGCGACAGUGCCUAUUGUAGAUAUAGCACUCAAAUACAAUAAAUCCUUUGCUGUUGUUCCUUGUUGUGUAUUUAACAACUGCGGUGAUAGAUAUUUUCUCAGAUCAGGCGAAUUGGUUGCUACCACAGAUCAACAGAUACAAUAUCUAUGCGAGAAGAACAAGAAUAUCAAGGUCGCUUAUUUAGAUUUUGAAGGCAAGAAUAAAGUUGUAUACAACAUUGUUGACUGA